AUGCGGGGCACAAUGGUGAGCAGCCCGGGGCUGCUGCUUCUCGCCCCUCGGCAGGCGGACUCCGAGCCGCAGCUGCCCCGGGCCAGCAGCAGCCGGCAGCUCGCAGGCGCUCUCAGCACCCGGCCCGGCACGGAGCUGGGCUGCAGCGGCUGCAGAGCCACAGGGGCCGCGGCUGCGGCCACCGCAGAGCUCCCGGAGGCUGCGCUUGUCUCCGCACCUGCUGCCGCACCUCUGGGCAGCGGCGACAGCGCAGCCACAGCUGCCACCGCCCUCCUGAGCCCCCGCACGGCCGGCACCAGCAGCGACCUCUCACCGUGUCCCUUUCAGGCACCACAGGUUCCAGUCACACCUGCGACACCGCAGUUGGUUCUGGGCUGUCCCCGUGGCUGGGUGGGCUACAAUGGGGUCUGCUACUACUUCUCACGGGAUUACAGCACGUGGGAGCAGGGUCAGAAACGGUGCUCCGAGCUCAAUGCCUCCCUGGCCAUUGCCCAGGAUGAGGAGGCCAUGGAUUUGCUCUUCCGCCUCCGCGGGAAGGUCGAUUUCUGGCUCGGGCUGCGCAGACGGGGCGAGCGCCUGCACUGGGGGGACGGCAGCAGCUACAGCUCCCGGGUUCCUGUCCUUGGCACUUCCGAGUGUGUGUACCUGGCUGACGAUAAAUUCAGGAGUGAGUUCUGCUCCAAUGAGCGGCCGUAUGUCUGCAGCAAGGCCCAAGCUCCCCUGUAA